AUGCAGCCAACGUUUCCUCUCUCUCUCACGAUUCUUCUUCCUAUCGUUCUUAAAUCCGACCACCGUUACGGCUACACACCACUUCCUCAGCGUCAUUCUCCUACGAGUUAUCACAAUUCAAUGGCUUUAAUGGCCUACAGUCCACAAUCCGCUCCUCCAUCACCUUCCACUCUGUACCUUAUAUAA